AUGGAGAUCAACAGCUUUGACUACAUCUCCAACAAGACCUAUUAUGGCAUGUUCCAGCCGCCUGGCAUACUUUCGUUCAACGGCGUCUCUGGGUUUUUCAACGCAACCACGGAUUUUCGGGAAGCCACAAAGCUCAGCUCAAAUGGCUCUGAGCCACCUUUCCCAACACUGCCGAGCACAUAUGACUACAAUAUCUUACUGUUGAAUGAAACAAGCGCCGCGGCGCUUGAUACUAUCCAGGCAUUUUAUGUGAUCGCAACACAGGAGCGUCUCGCAAUAGGUGAAUUAUGGACCAUCGCUGCAACGGUGACAGGGACAGUAGCCACCUUCAAUAAGAUGAUGGACUCGGAUCGACAGACAUUCGAAAGCGACUUAGUGUCUCAUUGUCUGAACAGAAACGCCUGGGACUUCGAUACCAAAGACAUGUUCAACGGGUGGUCACUCACACUCACGAACCGGAAAUCUGACUCGGAUCAAUCGAUACAGUAUAUUGGGCUGGAACCAACCAACCCGGAAUGCAUUCAGUCCCGUUGGAUGCAGCCAUGUAUGGCCACAUCGGUCGCUGCGAUGCUGUGGUCAAGGAACGCAGUCAUGAAAGGCUCGGGGGCCUUCAACUCGGAAGAGUUCAAUUCAGAGCCUGAGCAGCUUAGCGGUAUCAUCUCUUUUAGGGGAGCUUUCGCGGCCUGUCAAGCUUACAACGUCUCCCGUUCAAACUGGCGGCACAAACACGAUACAGUGUCGUGCAAGAACAUCUUCAGAAGGGCGUAA